AUAUACUUAAAAAACAAAGUCAAACUAAAGGCUGAAUAGUGUGCUGGAAAAAAAAGUGUGCGAAAAAAGUGCAUAUCUACCAACUUACCAGUAAAAAAUUGCUGAAAAAGAAAAAAGCCCAAGAUAUAAAAAAAGAGCUACAUACUUACCUAGUUAAAAAAAAACGGUACGUGCUGAAAUAAAAAAUAAAGGUCCACAAUAAAAAAAAGGGAAAAGGCGAACUAAAACGGUCUUAGCGGCAGUGAAGACCCCAGCACCAACAACGAAAGCAGAUAGCAACAACGGCAGCGACAGGAUACUGGCCAUUUCAGGCGGUACAGUCCCGACAAAAAAAACAGGUGGUACCCAGGAAGCAAAUGGACAGACGUGUAAUGGAAGUCAACCAAUGCCGCUUGUGCUGCCGCUACCACCCGCUUAGGUUUUGUCACGCAUUCCGAGCUAUGACGCCCGAUGAGCGGUAUGAAUCCGCGCGAAUACAUAAAUAUUGUAUCAAUUGUUUGGCCACCUCGCAUACCACAGGCGCAUGUAGCUCAGCUGAUAGCUGCCACCGGUGUGGGAUGGCACACCACACCAUGCUGCAUCGUCCAACGGCAUCGCCACCGGAACGCCAGCGCCACGCCAAGUCACGCACGCAAGUCCCCCGCGGACUACCCACACUCGCCAGCCGUGUGGUCAAAACACCAGCGAGUCGGGCCCCAGGCGGCCGCAACAAGGUUCAACGGCGCAUUCGGGACUUAUUGGACCGGGCCAGGGUGACUCUCGAGAAGUUACAGGAAUUGCUGCAUGUUGCACCGGUGCAGGUAGGCCGGCAUGUCGAGGACAUGAGCGCCAAUUUGAUCGAGUUUGAUUAGUCUUAAUAUUUUUGU